GGAAGGAGCAAAGCUGGCGGAAGACACUGGAGACCAUGAAGGGAAGAAAGGAGUCGGUCGGUCGAGACGGAGGCGGAGGCAGAGCUGGACAGGCAAGCGGUAGGUGCUGAAUUGGAGGCUUUGAAGAACAGCCCUCUUCGAAGCCAGAGCAAGGCCAGCAACAAGGGCAACAAGGACGGCAGUUCCAACGUGGUCUUGUUGGCCCAGCUCGAACGCUGCCGCGAGCAACUCCUGGAUUCGGAGCGGAGUCUCCGGGACGUGCAGGCGGAGAACUUCGAGCUCAGAGAGCAGUUGGCGGCCAUUCAGGCCGUGGGCGCUGGGUAUGGCAGCAUUCUGAGCCCAACGAGCUCCAAAGAUGUCCGCUGGAUGCCGCCUGCAGAGCCCGAGGUGAGCGACACCAAGGAUUCGGUGGCGCAGUUCCUGGAGAAGUUGGGCUGCACGAGUUCCAACCCAUUGGACCGCUUGGAGCGGGCGCAGAGCAAACUGGAGGCUUGGGCCAAUAGCCACCACCCCAAGCCGGAUCCGGUGCUCGCAGGUCUGGUGGAUUACCAAAACAUGGACCUUCCCAACUUCGUGGAAGAGCCCGAUCCUGCCACGACGGCAGUGGCCGUGGCUGUCCCUGAGCAGGAGGAGACCGAGGCCGUCGAGGAGACCGAGGGCUUCUCCUACGUGCGCUCGGCGAAGAACAAGCGCAAGAGUGUCAAGGGCGGCGGCAGGCAGACCUUCAGCAUGAAAGACAAGGUCCAGGAUAUCUUCGCGGCUCAAAUGAGUACACGGGACAAGUACAAGAAGAGUGGAGUCGCGCAGAAGAUCGUUCGAAGCACUCACUUUGAGAACCUCUGCAUGUUUGUGAUCUUUCUCAACGCCAUUUGGAUUGGGAUCGACAUGAGCUUGAACGACGCGGAGGUCUUGGCCUAUGCUGACGCGCCCUUUGUGGUGGUGGAGAAUCUGUUCUGCUGCUUCUUCUUCUUCGAAAUUCUGGUGCGCUUGCUUGCCUUCGACCGCACGUGGGGUGCCUUCAAAGAUCGCUGGUUCCUGUUUGACUUCGCGCUCGUAGUGCUCAUGGUCACUGAGACGUGGAUCAUGUUCCUCAUCGUUCGCAUCUCCACCGACCCGACACAGACCCAAGAGCAGGCGUUCGAUUCCUCCGUCCUGCGGCUCUUGAAGCUCGUGCGCAUUACGCGGGUGGCGCGGAUUGCUCGCUUGUUGCGGCAGGUGCCCGAGGUGAUGAUUUUGUUGAAGGGCAUCGGUGUGGCAUCACGCUCGGUGAUGUUCACCUGCCUCAUCCUCUUGUGCGUGAUCUAUAUCUUCGCCAUCGCUCUCACGCAGCUCUCGGAAGACACGCCCUUGGGCCAGGCGUACUUCCCCACCUUGGCCGAUGGCAUGUUCUCUCUCCUCUUCCAUGGCUGCUUCUUCCAAGGCCUCCCGGACUUUGCGCGGCUCUGCUUCAAGGAGAACGUCAUGUACGGUUUCUCGCUUCUCUUCUUCGUGGUGCUCGCUCCUUUGACGGUGAUGAACAUGAUUGUGGGUGUUCUAGUGGAAGUCGUGGGCAUCGUGGCAGCUGCGGAGCAAGACGCUGCCACCAAGAAAUCCCUCUUGGAGAGCUUGCGCGAGGCUCUCAACAAGCUGGACUUGCACAUGAUCAACACCAUUACCAAGGCGGAGUUCGGAAAGGUGGUGAACCGACCGGACAUCGUGAGCAUCUUCUUGGAGGCGGGCAUUGACAUCGUCGCACUGCUACGAGAUCCAGACAUUGUCUUCGCUGGGGAUAGUGACAUGAACCUGGAGGAGUUUUUGGAGGAGAUUAUCACUUUGCGUGGGGCCAAUGUCGCCACUGUGAAGGAUCUGGGACAGCUGAAGGUACAGAUUCUACGGGAAUUGAAGCAACGGCGCGGCAAUCGCUGGUGAGCUGGGAGCUGGGAGCGGAGCUGCUUUCGCGUUUCCCCUUGCUGAAGCUGAAGAGUUUCUCAGCUUGAAAGUGAGGUUUUCAGGAUGAUGUGGUUCGAGACUGAGAAAGUCGAC